CAGAAAUAUCAAAUUCUCUCUUGCUCUCAAAUAUAGACCUGAUGGCGGAUGCACUGCUUGGUUCCUCUGUACAAGUUCUAGUGGAGAAGGCAAUAAACUCGGCUUCAGAACAAAUUGGCCUGUUUGUUGGCUUCAAGAACGAUUUGGAGAAACUGAAGUAUGGGUUGACUUUGAUCCAGCCUGUCCUUCAUGAUGCAGAGGAAAAACAGGUGACUCAAGAGUUCAUGAAGCGCUGGUUGGAGAAGCUUGAAGCUGUGGCUUUCGAUGCUGGUAAUCUGUUGGAUGACAUCAACUAUGAAAUGAUUCGACGCAGAGUUGAGAUCCAAAACCAAAUGAACAAGAAGGUAUGCUUCUUCUUCUUCUCACUCUCCAGUCCAAUUGCAUUUCGUUGCAAUUUAAUGGCCAACAAAAUUCAGCAAAUCAAUAUGGACUUGAAUAGAAUCAAUGAAGAAGCAAUCGACUUUAGCCUCCAGUCACAGAUUGGAGCUAGAGAUGUUCCUGCUCUUUCUCCUCCUAGUGGAGAAGGAUUUGUGAAGAACAGAGAGAUUGACUCUGUUACCAUUGAUACGAGUUUCAUUGGUAGAGGUGAUGAUGUCUCAGCAAUAGUAACACAAUUGACUGCCACGAGUAACAAUGAAAGUCUCUCAGUUCUUCCUAUAGUAGGAAUGGGCGGGAUAGGGAAGACCACCUUGGCUCGAAAAGUUUUCAAUGAACUAAAAAUUGACAUACAUUUUGAUAAAACAAUAUGGGUUUGUGUGUCAGAUGAUUUCAAUGUCAAUAGGCUUUUCGAUUUGAUUCUAGAAUCAUGGCAAGUCCAAAAGCCUGGAGUUGAGGGUAGGGAAGCUAAGUUGAAGCAACUUAAGAAGUUAUUGGAUGGGAAAAAGUUUCUACUAGUCCUAGAUGGUGUGUGGAAUGAGAAGCCCACACUGUGGAAUGAGUUUCUUGGUGCACUAAAAGGUACUAGCCCAUCCAUGGGGAGUUGGAUUCUUCUGACUCGUAAGCAACCAGUGGCAAACAUCACAAGAAUUUCUUCUCCUCCUUGUGCCUUGAAACAAUUAUUAGAUGAUAAAUGUUGGCUCAUUCUCAGAGAAAUUGCAUUUGGAGCUUGGGAACUGUUGAAUGAGCUGCAAGAUAUAGGGUUCAAGAUUGCGCAAAGAUGCCGAGGCUUACCAUGGGCUGCAUGUGUUCUUGGUGGCAUGCUGCUUAACGAGGGAAUAGAUGAAUGGCAGAACUUAGAGAUUGGGCUUCAAAGUUUAGGUGGAGAUGAAAAUAGUGAUGUUGCUAAAAUUUUGAAGUUGAGCUUUGAUCGCCUUCCAUAUCCAUCUCUGAAAAAGUGUUUUGCAUAUUGUACAAUUUUUUCCAAGGAUUUUCAAAUGGAAAGGAGUCAACUAAUCCGACUUUGGAUGGCAGAAGGAUUUCUUCAUUCAAAUCAAAGAAACAAUAUGCGUAUGGAGGAAGUUGGUAACAUGUAUUUUACGAUUUUGCUGGAUAGUAACUUGUUUCAAGAUGCAGAAAAAGAUGAUUAUGGGAAUGUUUUGAAUUGCAAAAUGCAUGAUCUUGUGCAUGAUAUGGUGCAAUUCAUUUCCAAAUUUAGAACAAUAAGUUUGAAAGAGUCAGCAGGAGUUGAUUACCCGGAGAAGACUUUUCCCAUUAGGUAUCUUGCAAUGGGGAGAAGUGGUGGGGAAGAAAUAUCAUUUCUAUUGAAUGAGAGUUUCAGCUACACAACAACAUUAUUUUUAUUGGAGAACAAAUCAAAUAAUGAUGGUUUGAUCUCAUUUUUGACUUGCUUGCGAUUGCUAAAUUUAACUUCAUCACAUGCCAAGGAGCUUCCUAAAUCAAUUGGCAAGUUGUCUCCUUUAAGGUACCUCGAUUCGUCAAAUACUCCAAUAGAAACUUUGCUGGACUCUCUUUGUAAACUUUACAACCUGCAAGAGUUCGUGAUUGUGAAUCAUUGACAAAGUUUCCAAACAAUUUCAAGCAUUUGGUGAAUUUGAGGCACUUUGAUAUUUUCUCUAAGGAUGAAUCAAGUGAUCUAAUGCCUCUUGAAAUCGGACAACUGCAUUCUCUCCAAACAUUGCCCUUUUUCCAAACAAUUCUGAGUGGUCCAAGAUCUCCCAAAUUCCUGAAAUUUACAUUGAUGGGCUGCAAAUCAGAGGCUAAUCUCCAUCUGAAGUUUAUUAAUUGAAGCUACUCGCCUAACUUUUGCUGAAUAACUGUUGCAAACCAUCUUUUCUUGGUCCUCAAUUUCUGCUCUCCAGGUAUAUUUGAUCAAAAGUCUUCAGCUAUCAUGGUUUCCUGUUAAAUGGUGAUGCAGAUAAAUGCCUCCACAUUCUUUGACCUGCAAAAAUGAGGGGCUGUUUGCUUGGCGAGAGCUUUCUAGCUUCAAAUAGAUCCAUCAGGGCACUCCCAAAAGGAUCUCUUUCUCCUUCUUUAUACAGAGACAGUUUAGGCAGUGCCAAGUUUAGUUUUAGAGUACAUGAUGAACCAUGUGUAAACACACAUGGUAUAGUAUAGAAAGUUGUGGGUGUAAUAGAUUUUCUUGAGGCUUAGAGCUCUCCAACAUGCUACAAUGAAGAUUAUUUGGGUUGUCUGCGGGGAUUCUCAUGCAUGAGGAAAACUUUAUCCAACUUCAAAUACAAUUUAAAGGAGGAAUGAUAUGAAAUUCUGCAUAAUCAUCUUCACAAGCAUCAGGAAUACUUCUUCUUUUGAAAAUCCAUCUUCAGACUCUUUCCCCAUUAGGCACCACCUUUUGUCUUCCUCUUGGGCAACAAAUCCAUCAUUUUCUGACAUGAAUGGAACCAUAAUUAGCAACUCUUUCAGUUAUUAGUGCCUCAAAUAUCAAGAAAUAGUGAAGCUUGUCGGAUGAUUGAAUAAUCAAGCAGUGCCUUGAAGCAGUUGCUUGAUAUAUUGUCCAAUUAGAGCUACUUGGCAUAAUAGUAGGUAAUUUGCUAUUUGUAUUUCACUGGGUAUGCAGUGAUUUGUAGCUGGUCCUUGAUAUUCUGGUUAGCAAACCAGAAUAUCUUAGUUGUGGAGUUCUUAUUCUCUAAUGAAUUAUUAUGUGUCUGUUGAGCAAUGUUAUUUGGGAGGUUACAUUCUUUUAUGUUGUAAAUUUUCAGAUGCAACCCUGCUUUCUUAUACAGUUUUUUGAGUGCUAGAAAUCUAAUGAAUGGUCUGAAAACAUCCUUCAAAGUUUUCUUGUAUACAAAAAGCUGUUAUGUGCAUGAGCUGUUGGCUCAAUCUGAUGGGGGGCAAAUUCUCUAAUUCAAGGCUAUUACAAGGUUGAUGGAAAAGAUGCCAUGAAAUGAAUCAGGUUAAUGGAUUAUGGAGAAAGUCAAAAAUUUAAUGUAGGAGAGGUAGAGUUCAACGCUGGGGUAUACAUGGAAAUCUUGAUUCAUAUCAUUGAACCAGGAAGUGUUCUGAGAGGAAGGAUCAACCUUGUUGGUAAGUACAGUUCAUGUGGAUGGCUGUCUGCUGGUGAAAGAGAGUGUCCAUUUCUUGUAAGGGGAACCUGUUAUGAAAAAUACUUGGUGAGUUAGAAAUGCUGAAAUUAGAAAAAUAAAUAAAGAUAUGCAUAAAUAAAUGAAAAUGAAGAAAAUGAACCACCUCAAUUUAUUCCUGCUUGUUACUACAAAUAAAAAGGUCAAUUUUGAAAAUCAGCUAUAAGGACGAUAUGUAACUUCAUCAUAUAUAAUCACCACGCAUACCUGAUGAAAUAAAUGAUACCCAUUAUCUUCAUUAAGUUGUUCCGUGGGAAGAAAUAGCAAGAAUAUGCUAUUUAAUUAUCAAGAAACAUCAUUUGUCGAGAUUAGUAUUUGUAGUCUCUCGCAAAUUCAUUGUUUUCAAUUAUUUAGUGAAUUCUUACAAAAUUCAAGAAUGUAAGGACUAUUCCUAUUGAAACAGGCUGUCUUAUCAUCUUAGAGGGAUUUUAACAAGAUUUAGAGUCCAGAUACAUUGUUUAGAUAGUUUGAUACCUAAGAUAUGAAGUUUUAGUAUGCCCAUAUUGCAGGUUCAAAAGGUUUUCUAGUGUUAGUUACCUGAUUUUGAUCUGAUGCGUGGCAGACUUGGUGCACCUAAAAUAGUCAGAUGCUAGGUUCCACCUAAGGAACUAAAGUCAAUUUUAAUAACUUGGAAAUAGGUGACCUUAAUUUAGCUAGUUACUUGCACUCUUAUCUUUUUUUUUUCCCAACUUCUCAAUGAAAAAAUUUACCAUUGCAUUCCUUUAAGAGCUUAGUAUUGAUUUAUCUUGUUAUUCUCUAAGAACCAUAUUUUGCUGAUUGUUUUUGUGCUGUACUUUCUUGUAUUUGUUGCAUUUUGGACUCAGCACGGCUUGCAUAAAAUUCGUAACAUGAAAUUCAAAAUGCUGUUGACUGAGGCCUGAUGGUAGGUCACUUUUUUUUGCUCACAAGACUCUUCGCACAGAAAAGGCAUGGCAUUUCUUGAGGAACAUUUGCUAUAUUAUCUGAAAAUAUGCAAUGAGGAUAUGACUCCCAAGAUUUAGGUCUUUACUUGGCCUAGUUCAAGUCAUCCUCUGCAGUUGCACUAGAAAAAGUAAGCAGAGAACUUUUGUAGUUGGAGCAAUCUAUUUGGGCUCUUCCAAAAGGAAGACUCUUGCACUUUAAUUGCACACAGAGAAGGCUAAGUUACAAUUCAGCAUGACUGUAAUCCAUUCUACAUUGGUUUAUUCUCAUUGUGCAGCUACAAAUCUGAUGCCAUUUCUUCCUCUGGUCAUAGGCAAUUCUAAGUCUAAUUUGAGAGUCUACAGUCACAAUGGUUGGUCCAUUGGAAGUAUACACGAGGCUGACAGUGAUAAGAUUUUCUUGAGGCCUUGAGCUCUUCAAGAACCUGCAUGAAACAUGAUUCUGGCUGGCUACAGGGAUUCUCGUAACUGAGGUGAAGAACAGAGCUAUGGAUUAAGCCAAUGUACAUGGGAAAGCUACUGGUUGGAUUUUAAGUCAAGUAACAGAAUUUGUUUUCAUUCAAACGACAAAUGCUGCUAACGAGGCUUGUCAGCCCUUUUAAGGAAACAUAGCGUGGUCUUUUCAAGAGGCUUUCAUCUGUUGAAGGAUUCUAAGUUGGCACAUCUGAAAAGCUUGAGUUGUAACCCUCCUAACAAUCAAUCAGAAGCCUACCAAUAGGAUGCGUAUCUUCUCAUCUAAAGGGAAGGUGCUGUAACAUGAGUAGCUGCCCCAACAUUGAAUGGUGCAAGCAUUACCGGAUUCCCUACUUUGAGAUUGAUCACAUUCUAACUGGACGCUAGGUUGUCAAAAUUUGCUCGAAUCCUCGGAAAAUUCUUGUCUACGCCUAUAAUUAUUUUAAGCGAUGCUGCGGACCAUAAUUUUGUUGGAUAACCAUAAGAUUUAAGUUUAUAAUUCUAUUGUUUCCCAAGUUAGCCAUAAGAUUGAAUGCAUAAUUCCAUGUUUCUGG